AAGCUGAAGUCAUCCAGCCUGCACUCAGUCUCAGUGAACGAGUUCCGCUGUCAAAACAGUCAACAAUGACAGACCCAGGGCCAAAGUUCAAAAUAUUCAAGUUUUUAAAGAUCAUUAUUAGUAGUUUCCUCAUUACAGUACUGCUGUUAUUUACCAUAGCAUCUAUCAGGACUCUUUCACUGGACGUGAAUGUCGGACUCCAACUCGCACGUUGGGAAAAGACGAAGAACAUCUCGCUUGUUAUAGACCACCACCAGAGAGAGGAGCUUCUUGCAAACUUUAAAGAAGCUAUCCGGAUCCCCACAGUGUCAUUCUCAGAGAGGGAGGGCAACACCACCGCGCUGCUUGAAUUUGACAGGUUGCUCCGUAAAGCCUUCCCAACAGUUUUCUCUUCAAAGCUGGUUCGUCAUGAACUGGUUGCCAACUACAGCCACCUGUUUUGGGUGGAAGGAUCACAGCCUGACCUGGUACCAUACAUGCUGCUGGCCCACAUUGAUGUGGUGCCUGCCUCAGAGUCGGAUGGCUGGGAGGCCCCCCCAUUUUCUGCCAAGGAGAUAGAUGGCUUCAUCUACGGUAGAGGGACCAUAGACGACAAGAGCCCUUUAAUGGGAAUACUUCAAGCACUGGAAUACUUGCUGAUAAAAGGCUAUGCUCCACGCCGAGGAUUUUACAUUGGUCUUGGUCAUGAUGAAGAAGUCAGUGGUUUCAAAGGGGCAAUGAACAUAGUACGUGUACUGAAGCAGCGUGGUGUGCAGCUGUCGUUUGUUGUGGACGAGGGCCUGGCGAUACUUGAUGGAGUCAUCAGUGGUCUUGAAGGACCUGCUGCACUAAUUGGAUUAAGUGAAAAGGGUUCAGCCACUGUGAAGCUUAGCGUGUCUAUGACGCCUGGUCAUUCCUCAAUGCCUCCUAGUGAGACCACCAUUGGGAUCUUGGCUGCAGCAGUCAAAAGACUAGAGGACAACCCCAUGCCACGAUUAUUUGGUCAAGGGCCUGAACGGGGAACAUUUGAGCAUCUGGCGCAUAAGUUUGGACUCCCAAUGAAGUUCAUUAUGUCAAAUUUGUGGCUAUUUGCCCCACUCCUUAGCAGGGUACUUGAAAGAAAACCUGAGACAAAUGCUUUUGUAAGGACAACCACAGCAGUCACCAUGUUUAAUGCAGGAGUUAAGGUGAAUAUCAUCCCUUCCUUGGCUGAGGCUUUUGUAAAUCUACGAAUCCACUCAGCGCAGUCUUUACAAGAGGUCCUAGACCAAAUCCAGUCUACAGUGGGGGAUCAACGAGUGAAGAUCGAGCUUGUUGACGGGUUUGACCCUCUGCCUGUGAGCUCUUCUGAUGAAAAGUCCCUUGGCUUCCAGAUCAUAAAGAGAACUGUGUUGGACAUGUUUCCAACAGUAACAGUUGCUCCAGGUAUCUGUAUUGGGAACACAGACAGUCGACACUUCAAAGACCUGACAAAUGAUAUUUACCGAUUUGCUCCGGUGUGGUUUAAACCAGGUGACGCUCAGAGAUUCCAUGGCAUCAAUGAACGGAUUUCCAAAAAGAACUACGAGGAAAUGGUAGUAUUUUACUUCAGUCUGAUUCAAAACUGUGACAUUCAGAAGCUCCCUGAACCUCAUAGCUCUGUCCAUGAACUCUGACUUGUUACCAAUCUUUUCAAUUCCUCCAAAAAAUGAAAUUCAAAAACCUAUGCAAUUGUAAGACUAUAAUUUCAACAACACUGAACAGGACCUUGACUUAUGAAAUUAUGUGAUUCUGCAUUUUGUAGCCAGAUGGUACAAUUUUCCAUUGCCUUGUAUGUGUAGCUCUUCAGGAAAAAAAUAACUCAUUUUAAUCUUGCUUGAUGACAUACACUAUUGAUCUUGUUGUGAUGAAAUGACGAUGGGAUAACUAUACAGAGCUCCUGCACUUGAAUUUGAUAUUAAGAUUUUUGAGAAAACUGUGAUGCUUUUUGAAUGUAUAAUCAUGACGGUAUACUUUUAUGAAAUUAAUGGUAACAUUUUCAUUGAGCUGCUAGUAGUACCAUAGUACUUGAAAUUAUGAUAAUACAAGUAACUUUAAUAAAAUGACUGGAUAAAUAUUUUUCUGCUGCUCAUAAUGGACAAUAUAAAAAUCGUUUUGUUACUGAGGAAAUGCUGACGUGAUAUUUCAUUUUUAAAAUUUCCUUCUGUUGAAUCAAGCACAGUAUUUUUUAAAUUAUUUAGUUAUUUCAGUACUGACUGACUGACUGAAAACACUUAUUGCUUUUGCAUAAAGUUAAUAAAUUGCUGGUUUGCUUCAUAACAUAAAUGCUCCAUAUUGUUUUUGUGGUUUGAAUGUAUGUUUUGUUUAAAAUAAAUGGAAAAGUGA